GCCCAGCCGCCAGCUUCAUCGUUGUGCAACUUCUUGUAAUCAUCUAUCUAUCUAUCUACUUGCUAAUACUAAGACUUGCAUUUCUUCAUCGUGUCUCUUUUCAAGGCCAUUUGCCAUUUCAGUUCCUCUCUAAUUCAAUCAAUACAAUGGUUGGGAAAAAGAAGCGCGGCCAUCCCGAUAUCGAGGAGUUACUGGCUCGCCCUUGGUGUUAUUAUUGUGAACGCGAUUUCGAUGAUUUGAAGAUUCUCAUCUCUCAUCAAAAAGCCAAGCAUUUCAAAUGCGAACGAUGUGGUCGACGAUUGAACACUGCUGGAGGACUCUCGGUUCAUAUGAAUCAAGUGCAUAAGGAAACUCUGGCAAGUGUCGACAACUCUCUUCCAAAUAGACAGGGUCUCGAGGUCGAAAUCUUUGGUAUGGAAGGUAUCCCUGAGGAUGUGGUUCAAGCACAUAAUCAGCGCAUAAUUGCAGGUUUCUAUCAAGCGGAACAAGAUCGUCGUGCUGCUACAGGAAAUCCUGCUCCAGGAACUGCCAAUGCUGGUGGUGGUCAAUCAAAAAAACCAAAGGUGGAAUCGCCAGCAGAUUUAAAGAAAAGGUUAGCAGAGCACAAAGCGCGGAAAGCUGAACAAGCAGCAAAUGGUGGUAGUGGUGGAACUACACCACUAGAUACUGGCAUAUCUAGUGCCGCAAGUCCUUUGACAACCACGCAAAGUCCCGGCGCAUUCAACAACUCUCCUUUCCCUACUCCCCAAAAUUCUUAUGGUGCUACACAAGGUGCGGGUUAUGGAUCAUUUUCUCAAGAACCGUACAGUCAACCUGCGGCAGCUUACCAACAGCCAUAUAACCAGCAGCCGCCUUUCUCCGGACCUCCUGGUCCAUCUUAUCAACCCCAAUACUCCCCUCCGCAAUAUCCGCCUAACGCGUAUCAACCACCACCAUACGGCGCCGGCUCCCCCCCUCCAGGAUCAUUUAACGGAUAUCAACCACCACCAUCUCACACUCCACCUACACAUGGUGGCCUUCCCAAUCGACCCCCAAGUCUACCACCAGCACCUGGUCUUCCACAAAGACCUUCAUUUGGUGCACCGCCAAUUCCGCCAUAUCAGAUGCAACAAAUGCAUCAAAAGGGCGGCUGGAAUGGUAAUGGAUGGAAUGGACAAGAUCAAAAUUCAGCUACGUCACCAGCUUAUCCUCAUCCUCCAGGUCUUGGGGAACAUUCGACUAACGCAUCUACUGUUGAUGAUCUUGUUUCAGGCGCGGCCAGAGAUGCCGAUGAUGACAUUGACAAAAUAAUCAGAAUGGCAGAGGCAGGUAUUAAGCCUCCGAAUAGGAACUCUGUCGAUCCAUCAAAAACCGAAACCCCAGAAGCCGCUGCUGCUUCUGAAAGUGUUGCUCAAUCAGAGCCACAGCCAGAAGCAAAACCCGAGGUCGCCGAGAAGAAAUCCAAGAAAGAUAAGCCGAUGAAAAUGAUAUACUCAGAUAAUGAAGUGAGUCCGGAGGAGAAAAUGGCCAAGAUGCCCAGGUACGCAUUUGUCCCAGAUGGAAAGACUGAAACAUCCCUUGAGGAAUCUGUUGCUGCUGUUACUGUCAACAAUUGAUUAUUGGAAUGAUUUCUCGAGAUUAUAUCACAGAAUUCGUCUCGGAUCACUUUCAAAGCACGCAUUUGAAAAGUUUGACAGAACCCUUGGUACCUCGGACAUUUCGAUAUAGCACGUUUAUAUUCAACAAAAUCAUGGGGAGGAAUCGCGCUGAAAACAGCUAAGUCUUUCGGGAAUAUGUUUGACUUGUCAUUUCCUCUUAAAAAAAUUCGCCUUCUGAUUUUAGUGUACAUUUGGGGUUUAGGGAGCGUUCAUGCAUGAUACUGGUAAGUUUCAUUGAUGAAGGGGGUUUAGCAUUACACUUUAGAAAAGUAAAUUACGGACGAUACUCUUUGUAAAGGUCAAAAAGGGAAAGAAAGAGGAGGCUUGCUUGUAAGUACUUCAAGGUUGGCGAUCUCUACAUCACACACACUUUCCAUAAUUCCGAACAAACUCUUUCGUAUUCAUUGCCGCUUCGUAUAUUUCGUGAUUAAUUAUACUUUUUUUGCAAAUGAUUGGAAUAUUAGCCGUCGUAACUUUGCCAUAGUUGGCGAAGGUCAUCUUGAGAUGGAGGGUUCACAUAUAACCCAGAAGUAUAUAAUUUAGACUAUUCAACCUUCUACAUAUGUAGCCUUCUAGACUACAUACAAGGUUUUACCCGCAAUCCCUCCCA